AUGUCGGAAAAUGUAUCCAGACCCCAGAGUUUAGAAAGUUGCACAAGCAGAAGCACCAUACAGUUAAUAAGUUUUAUUAGAUGUUAUUGUAAUGUCUUCCUUCUCCUUUGCGCCGUCUCACCAGAGGAGAAGCCUGUGGGAUUUCGUUUAAAGCCACCAACUCUCAUACAUGGACAGGCACCAAGUUCAGGCGUCCCAAGUCAGAAACCCAAGGAGCAGCAACGCAGUGUCCUCCGCCCUGCAGUUCUUCAGGCACCGUCCUCUAACUCACAUAUAGAGUCCAAUUCCAGUUGUGGAACUAACGGUGUGAAAAAGUCGUCGGAUGAAGCAACUUUGCCACCGUCGCUCUUCUUGAACAACACAGAGCACAGGUCACAGAAACAUGAAAAUGAGGAAGAUGGAGCAAGUGGUAAAGACGAAAAGGAGACGGAUGUAGCAAUAUCUUUUGUGUUUGGUCAGAAUAUCAAAGAGAGAGCAAAGUUGGAAGAGAACAGUAAAGAAGGGAAGUCAAAAGAUGGACUGGACUCAGAGGGCACUAAUUAUUUCUUACAGUACAGCGCUACCCCAAGUUCAAACAAUGCCACAAACAGUACAGACACUGGGGAAAAAUUUGUUUUUGGGCAGAACAUGUCUGAACGAGUUCUGAGUCGCCCAACGGGCGAGUCCUCAAAUGAGGAAACUAAAGAAGUUUCAGCGCCUCCUGUUUCAGAGCCCUCAUCACAGGAAGCCACCCCAGAGAAGGUGAAUAGUGUGUCGGGGUCUUUGGAGGAGUCUGCAGCAGCUUACACCAAAGCCACAGCCAAGAAGUGCGUCUUAGAGAAAGUCGAUGUCAGAACUGGAGAAGAAUCAGAAAGCAAUGUUUUACAGACGCAGUGCAAGUUAUAUGUUUUUGAGAAAGCUGCCCAGUCGUGGAUAGAGAGAGGACGAGGUUUGCUGAGGCUCAACGACAUGGCAUCAACAGAGGACGGCACGCUACAGUCUCGUCUAGUGAUGAGGACCCAGGGCAGCCUCCGGUUGAUCCUCAACACUAAACUUUGGGCCAAGAUGCAGGUGGACAAAGCUAGCGAGAAGAGUGUACGAAUCACUGCCAUGGACACAGAGGACCAGGGGGUCAAGGUCUUCCUAAUAUCGGGUAGCUCUAAGGACGUAGGUCAGCUGGCUGCAGCGUUGCAUCAACCCGACAUCUAAGGCCUGAAGAGCAGGGGCGGACCGGGAAUGGACACCCCAACGACAAGCUACAUCCUCGAUGCCGAAAUUCCACUGUCCAACGAAGAUGACAGCGACGAGGAAGACAAUGCCUCUGCCUCAGCUUCAGCCUCCACUCCUGCGACGAGUAAUUCAGAGGGGGGAGAGAGCCAGGCGGCAGGAAGCACAUAGCGUCACACUUGGACAGCCUGCUAACAUGCUGCCGUUGAGGCAUUUUGCUGUAGGCAUCUCCAUGGACACCCCUUGACCAACAUGGGUCCUCCAGACCAGUACUUUUGGAUAUUAGAAGUCUAGCUCCAGGAAAUAACCCCUUGUGCCGGAGUGUCUCACCCAACUCGUGCAGUUCAUCUUCUCUGCAUUCAGCGUAAUAUCUGGAGUCGUUUCUUCCCUCCCUCUCCUGUUUUGUGUUUUAUUUUUGUUUUCGAGUAUUUUUUUUCUUUCUCCCCGAUAGCAAAAAUAAAGACUUCAAAGCUU